GCACUUCGUGUACAUAAAAUCGUGUAAUUCGUGCAGUGAACGGUACACGGUGGCCGGAGCGAUGUACAGUCUGGGCAAGUGUUGAGUCAGGCAAGAAGACAAGACACCAGACAGUCGCGGACCGAGAAGUGGUUCAGAAAAUUCAGUGAAUUCAAUCGUGUGCUUUCUUUACUCGUUUUUGGGUGGAAAUUAAUCGGCGAACAGACAAUCAAGCAGGCAAGCAGCGGCAGCCCCACGCAAUUGCUGUGAGUAGUCAGACAAAAGGAAUUUUCGCAAGCAGCGGCCAGAACGGCGCACUUCGCACUCCAUUCAAUUUCCAAUUUGAAUUUGAAUUGAAUUGAAUUUUCCUCCUGGUCCGGUGCAGAGUCGGGGAGCCUUGAACGGACAGUUGGCGAGUUGAAUAGCGAAAUCGUCUGUGAUUUGUGUACUUUUUUUGUGAUAUUCCUGCGAACGUCGUAGCUAGUGUUUUACCUGUUUUGUAUAUGAACCGUGGUCGUUUUUCGAUACGUUUUGUAGUGCAUUCGUCCGUUUUUUGCACGGCCCGUGAUUCGUGGAUGUGAGUAGUUUCCUGGACGCAUCGAAGACGUCAGCCAGUCCCGGUGAAUAACCUGCGGCCUUGAUUUGGAGCUCUUGUUUUACCUACGCUUACACUAAGAUAAAAUACUAGAUAAAAUAUCGAACCGAUAAAAAACACAUAUUUUAUAAAUAGGAGAAAUCAAAGAAAUUUUCGUUUUUAACUUUUUGUAAACAUGGAUUUUACAAUGGACAACAGCAAGACCGGCGAAAUUGAUAAUGUAACUCAGACUUUGAUAUCAAAUGCCAAUACAGAAACGAAACAUGAAAUGGAUGAAACAAACAACAUUUUUGGCAUGACUGGUGCCCAUCAUUUGAAUGAUAAAUUAAAUAAUAUAAUUGAUUUGAACGACACAAGUAAUCCCUUCACGGAUUUCGUGAAGGGAUCUAAUGAACACAAUGAAGACAAAGAACAAGUAAUUUUGUCAGAUAUAGAGAAGGGACACCUAGAAAAUGAAGGUGACAUGGGUCCUGAAACAUCAGUAGACACGACUGAUGAUGCUGAUAAUGAUACGGAUCCAUUCGAAUGUUCAACCCUAAGUCAUUCGAAAGAAACACUCCCAUUGUCAGAUAAUCCCUUCGAUACAAGGGCAGCACCGCAUAGUCUGGAUUUGGACGAUCUAAGCGUACAUAAUAAACCAACAGCACCGAUUUCGCCUUGCACCGACAUGCCGUUUGACGCUCACCCUUCUGAAUUAAUUGGUCAGAACAACCGUUUUGAAAACUUAAUGAGUGAAAGUGAUAAUUUUGAUGCAAAGAGUGAUGAUUCACAACUAGGAGAGGAUAAUAUUAAGACUGAUGAAGUAACACAUGAGAUUCGAGAAACAACAACGGUACUUGAAACAUUUGAAGUAGAAUCGGGCAAAGCAGUAGAUGCUAACCGAUUGGAUCAUAUUGUGACUGAUAUGGAUAAAGAAACUUUCGAAGAUAAAGAUAUUGCCUUCUGUGGAUCUGUUGAAAUGUUGCAAAACAGAGAUGAUUUGGCUUACAAUCAAUUCGCAGAAUACAUAGAACAACCUCUCGAGAAGAACCUAGAAACAACACAUGAAACCAUGAUGGAAGGUAUUCAACAAACUGACCCGGUCCAGUCAGAUAUCUUAGAUAUUACCUCGAAAGCAGAUGAUAUUAGAGAAUCGGCGUCUCCUGCUUUAGAUAUACCAACUUCAAUCUCCCCCGCGCCAACUUCCCCUGUGCCGGAUACCAAUUUUGACAGCAUCAUCCACCAUGAAGAAUGCGUUCCAAAAGAAUUUGAUAAACAGCCGGAGAGUCCAAAGGAGGAAGAGAAGCACGUCAGCGAGUUUGAUGAACAUGAAAAGUUAUUGAGUGAACAUGAUCAUGAGAAAUCUUUAGAGGAAUUCGGGGAACAUGUUCAUGAGCAUGGUAGUUUGAAGGAGGAUGAAAAACAUUUCAACGAGUUUGAUGAGCAUGAGAAGCCAUUCAGUGAACCUGAGCAUGAGAAGCCCUUCAAUGAACUUGAGCAUGAGAAGCCAUUCAAUGAACCGGAGCAUGAGAAACCCUUUGAAGAAUUUGGUGAGCAUGAAAAACUAAAGGACUUAGAUGAGGAGGAAAAGCAUUUCGAUGAAAUUGAUAAAGAAGGAAAACCUUCACAAGAAUUUGAAACAUAUGAAAAGACAGAUGAGUUUGAAAUGCUUGAAAAACCUUUGAACGAGUUUGAAAUACAGAAAAAGCCUUUGGACGAGUUUGAAGUGCAUGAAAAGCCUUUCGGCGAGUUUGAAGUGCAAGAAAAACAACCUGAAGAGGUGGCUGCAUCUGUUGAUGAAUCCAAAGAAAAAGAAAAAUUCAAUAAUGAUCUGGACGAACACGAGAAACAUUUGGAAGAAUUGCAUGAAAAUGAGAAACAAUUUGAUAUUGAAGAAAAGGAAAUCGUGGCAGAACAACACCAAGAACUGCACGAAACACCCGAAAUAGCCCAACAGGACAAUGAAGUGAAACUUGAAGUAUCCGAGCACGGUGUCAACAUCGAAGAACCACAAUUGGACAAUGUUGAAACAAUUGCAAAUGAGGAAAAAUUAAAUGCUUCCGCUGUGGAGGCUUCCCACGAAGAAUCCCUUGAAACACACACAACACCCGCUAUUCCACAAGAAGUGGAAGAAAGCUACACGAAAGAAAUACUGACUGAGUCUAUGGCAGAGAAACAUCAGGAUCCAUUACCUAUGGAAGUCGGCGAAGAGACUCCAUUGACGACUAUUGAUGAUAAUGUCAAAGAUUCACAGUUGGAAUUGCAUAAUGAAGAGCAAACCAUGGAAGACAAGUUACCAUCACUAGAACACAACGAACCUCAUAUCGAGCCGAGUGAAAUUCCAAAAGAGGAACCUGGAAUCGAAACAAAAGAACCGGAAAUAGCAGAAAUAGCAAAGGAAUCUGAAACCGUAGCCGUGCAGGAAGAAGUUCACGAUGCGUCUCUAGAAGAAUGCAAUUUGACAGUGCCGCGAGACGAGGUAGAACAAGAAAUCCUUUCGGAAAGCAAAAUUGAUUUAGAAGAGAAGGUGGAGCAGAGCAAAUCGCAGGAAACAGAGGAAUUGAAUAAAAAGGAAGGAGAAGAAGAGAAAACUUCUGUUUGCUCUACGAACGAACUAUCUGAAGAGCAUUUCAAGAGGAGCGUCUCUGAUUUAGAUAAAGAAGUUGAAGACAUGUCGUCACAGUUGAAUCCGGAUGCCAAGGAAUUCGUUCCGACACUCACUCCUGUUCGGGUAUCACCCGCUUUUUGUUUCAAUAAUGAUGACGUGAUUGCCCAGAGCCCUCAGAAGGGUGCGUUUUCGUUGGAGGAUGUGGCUUUGCCCACUGAAAAAGAUUUUGAAAACGAGGCCGCAAGUCGGCCAGCUGAGAUUGAUGAUACGAAGCCAUUGACAGCUUUGAUACCACCACAUUGUUUGAAUGGAGAUGAUGUUGUCGCACAGAGUCCUCAGAAAGGGGCAGCGGUAUCGAUGAGCGACUUCCAGUUACCCACGGCCAAUGAGUUCCAAGCGGAAAUCAGCAUUCGUCCUUCUGAACUUUCUGCGGCCGAACCGCCUCAGAGUCUCAACCUGAAGGAAGCAAUGCACGAGCCAGAAAAAGAAGAAAUUAGUCCGGCGGAGCAAUACGAUAGCUCUUUGAAUGAGACAUCCGAUAUCCAGUCGCCCGUAGACACUUCACUUGGAAAGAUUGAAGAUAUGAUGAACACCGUACAGAUGUUACCCAAUGAAGACGAAGCAGAAAUUGAAGUUAACAAAACAAAUGGAUCCCUGAUUCCUGAAGCGAAUACAAAUGGCGAUGUUCCUCUUAUCACUGAUAUCAGCAAUCUCAAAUUGGAAGAACCAAAAUUGGCGGUUGAGGAAAAAGUUGCUAAAACAAAAGUGGAAAAAAUAACUAAAGCACCAGAAGGAAAGAAGGCAGAUUUGAAACCAAAAACGUCCAGUACUGGUCCCAAGAAGACGACAUCUUCCACUUCUGCUUCAAUAUCAGAUAGUGCGAAAGCAAAAACAGCAGCAACAGCAUCAAAAACAAAAGUUGGCACUUCGCUUACUGCCCGGCCCCGAACGGCACCAGCGCCUUCUUCGAAACCGGUAUCUACAGAAAAGAAAUCAUCGUCAAAUGUUAUUUCGGCUCGUGCCAAGACCGAUACCAAGAGCUCCCCCGUCGGAUUGAAAAAAUUACCGCUAACGAAGCCCAAAACUGACGAGAGCAAACCUGCUGUGCGACAAACUAUGAGCAAAGUGUCUUCGACCACAAGAAGUACGACAACCACACGAACUUCAUCUACUACAAACGCUACCACUACUGCACUGAAACGUACCCCCCUUUCUACUUCAACUACUCGAACGGCAUCUGGUCCUCGUCCAACCCUAUCGCCAACCGGCAAAUCAACCACAGUCACAUCCACUCACAAACCAGCAAUUUCACCACGAAGUACAGUCACUUCAACACUUCGAAAAACGGAAGCACUCAAGAGUCCAACCAAACCGCCGGCAGCAAAAACUACAACGACGGCCAGCACUGUCUCAAAAACAUCACGAACAUCAACUGGGACUAUGUCGACCAGGACAACUACCACUACUACCACUAGCACAAAGAAGUUGACAUCAACAACUACGGCUGCCAAAAAGCCAGUAGGAGUGAAGAAACCAUUGGGCACAACGACAACAGCGGCCAAAGGAAAACCAUCCUCGCCCAUUAAGGCACCAGCCGCGAGUGCGACUGAAAUAAAAAUGAAUGGCACUGCCCCCGCCCCAGUAGUAGCUACAACAAAUGGCGAGAGCAAGGACUAAAGUAAUGAAUUUGAUUUGGUUUAUAACUCUGUGAACUUACUUGCAGUUAGUAUCGAACAACUGUUGUGUUUCCCUUUAUAUUAAAUUUUAUAUGCAUUCUAUAUGUAUGUUCCACACGAGUGGGGAAAUUUAUGAGAGCUUUCUUCUAAAAAGAUAGAAAAUGUUAUACAAAAAAAGAUACUUACGAAGGCAUUUCUGAAAACUCUAUUUGAUGAAUUGCAGAUGGUUUGAUGUACACCUUUUAUUUAUUUUAUAUUGCUUUUACCCAAUUUACCAGUUGUAGUUGAAGUGCAUCGGACACAGUUGGUUUCCGUGGAAUUGC